UUCAUGCGCAAGCCAGUCCAAUGAUGUCAGUUGUCAAAAUGCGUGGAAUGACUAUUAGUUUACGAAUUAAGAAGACAAAUUAAACCGACUCAAAGAUGCAUUGUUUGUUCAACCCCUUUUUUUUUUGUCCGGUAAACGAAAAUAUCGUGGGGGUUUCUUCCUCGAUUCGACGAUUACGUAUGAUUCUUAAUUAAUAUAUGCAGGUUUUGUUCAAUAUUUACUAGACCUGUGUAAUUAAUGAACGUAAUAAAAUAGGAGACGUGAGAAUUUGGGAUAAGCAUAAUACCUCAUUCGUGAAAUUUUCGGCGGAGAGAAAAGGUGCAACGAUAGCGUCAGCGGAAAAACAACAACACAACAGAAAUUCCUUUCAGAAAUGAAGUUAGGUCUAGCUUUGACCGUGUGUCUGUUCGUUUUUGAGUCGUCAUCGGCUGAACUCGCCAAAAGUCCACCAGCUGAGGAAAAUCUUCCAUCCUAUGAAGAUGUCUGUGCAAAUGCGAAAAUUGUAAAUGGCGUCGGAUACCAGAGACACAACUCCGACUGCGACAAGUUCUUCCAGUGUUAUCAAGGAGAGAAGAUGCAGGAUAGAAUGGCUGUACCCCGUCAGUGUCCGUUCGGUCAGUUCUGGGACCAGAUCGUGCCCACUUGUAGAACGGCCAGCGAGGUCAAGUGUGACACGGAUAAGUGCAAUCAUAAACAACUCCUUUCUCACCCAAUGGAUUCCGGGAACUGCCGGUCAUACUGGAAGUGCAAUUUGCAGAAAUCCGUGGGAGACUGUUGUCCAAUGGGACAGAGGUACAAAAAAUACCAGGGCUGCGAGAAGGAUGCGAAAUGUACCGACCCUUGCCCCGGGGACUCCUUCCACCAGGGUCCAUGUGAUAGUCGGCCAAUAUUUGGAGACCGUUCGGUCUUCCAACAGUUUGUAGAGGGUGUGAACUGGCAUAACAUGACUUGUCCAGGUAAUACUCAAUACAGCGCUCUGGCGUGUGGUUGUGUAUACCACAAAGGAUACGAAGGAGUAUGUAAGCCUGAACUCUAUUUGCCAUUCUCCAAAAACUUCAUAGACUACUCGGGCAAUAAAAGAGAGGUGAUCAGCCAUGGCGUUAAACUAACAAGGGAAGGGUAUGCAUAUUUCGAUGGCGACAGCUAUUUAGAAAUCAAAAAGUUCAUGAAUUUCGAACAAAGCGAAAUAACAGUUGCUGUCCGGUUCCUGAAAGAGAACAAAGGUGGUCUGACAGUCGUCAUGAGCAACAGUAUCUCUGAACCGAAACCAACCUUCCUUAUUCUGAACAGCGCUAAGAACGUCCACGCCAUGAUAAAAAAUACCGGCAACGAGAUUUUCACUCUUCACGGGGUGACGCGCGAAGGAAAUUGGAACACUGUCAAAGUCAUGCAUGACGAAAACAAGUUGGACCUAAUCGUCAAUGACAUUUAUACUGAGAGAUGGGCUAUCGGAAAAAUAAUGGACACACAAUCAAAUCUAUAUAUUGGAAAAAGUGAUAAAUUCCAAUCAUUCAAGGGGUACAUUGAUGAGAUUGCUGUGUUCGCCUGUCGCCCAAAGUUUAUACAAACAUAAAACUAUUCAUACAGAAUUACUGUGAAAUCCAGAAUCAUUUGUUUAUUAUUGUAUUAGUUGUACUCAUGAACACUUCAGCGGUUAGAGUUUUUUCGCUCAUUUUUGAGGUUGAAAAUUAUGAAAUAUUUUUACAAUGAGGAUUGCAAUAAACGACUUUUAAAAAC